CUGGGCGGUAAUAUGAAACAGGUGCUUCUGAUAGCUGGGAGAUACCCUAGAUACACGACUCUCCAACGGUUGCAGCCAGUUGUCAGCUAAUGUCCAACAAGUUCAAUGUUCUCACCUGCUUUAUUCAGACAACAUGACGGCGAAACCAAUCUUCAGGCAUGGCCCGCUGUUGGGAGCCGUGCGGUUCACCAUUCGCUGAAAGAGAACCAACAAUGCACAAAAUGUAACCAUGUCGCCUUAGUAUGAUCUUCGCAUCAACGCCGGGAGGAGGCACAGCAGUCGCAAUCAAAAGAGACCCUUCUCUAAAACCAUUCUCUUCCCGCUGUCUGGUUUCCAGCGGCGAACUCCAGAGCUGUUUGCUUGAGACCGGAGCCAUAGGGGAAGAUGGCCAGCAACUACACACCGCCACGUCAAGCGAUUCCGCCGAUCAUGCCGUACAACGAUGGCCUCAUUCCACACGACAACCCACAUACACUGUUCCCCGAGGUCCUCGCGAAACAUGAGCCGGUCUAUCACCGGCCGUCUAUAGUACCGAGUCAGAUGCCACCAGCAUAUCCACAAGAGCUGGCAGGAUAUGAAUCGGGAAUACCUGAAAAGCCUGGUCGGCCUUUUUGGAAAAAGCCGGUUACAUGGGUGGCUCUCGUAGCCCUCAUGAUAAUCGCCAUUCUUGCUGGUCUUCUAGGAGCCAUGACAACCGGAGCCAUCAAAACGGCAGGCAACACCAGCGUAUCGCAUGAAGACUCAGUGAGUACCAAUGCGGCGGUCACAGGCAGUUCCAACACGGCACUAUCAUCGCCGACGUCACCAGCUAUUGCUCCAGAGACUACAACUGGGCCGGACUUGACACCAACACCAACACCGACAUUAGCAACAACCACGACCACGCCUACCCCUUCAGUGCCGGCUAGAACAGUGGACUCCCCGAGCGGUCCUGUCACGAUGGAGUGCCCUGGUGUGGACCGGCUCAACCUUGAUGUCUCUUCGCCCUCGCGUGGUGAGCUCAGGUUCCAACGACUUUGCGACGUCAAUUAUGCUUUCGGGGACACCAAUUCCGGGUUUGGAUUGGUAAAAGACAAGAUAGUAGCGAGCUUGACAGACUGCAUCAAGGUUUGCGCCGACAAAACAGGCUGUGUGGGUGUCGUCUUCAACGAUGGUCCCCAAUGCUGGCUCAAACAUACACUGGAAACAAAGAAGCCGGACGAUGGAACUGAAGCGGCCAUUCUUAUUCAGCGAUGAAUCAGACUUUCAGAAAUCUUGACUAGGUAGAUAAUGAUAUCAAGGAAAGGUCUAUAGGCACUGAUGAAAUCUUCCCAAAUCUGCCACGCGAGAAUAGCUCAGGCAGUACACUUGAGUGCACUAUCAAUCAAUGUCCAGGUGUGGUCAGAUACUGACUUGAGCUGCUCCUCAGUCCAGAUUGCCUUGUCUGGUACCGCUCGCCCUUUCUGAUCAAUAUUGCUCCAAAACCUUCCCUCCUUCUCGGCCUUCUGGGUGACCUCAGAUACUCCUUGCAACAAAUACUCAGCACAUGUGUCUGUUGACACCGCUGCUAUCUUCAUCAGGAUCUGAGAUGGCCCGCGCAGAUACCAAGGCAGGCCCACCAUGAUGUUGGACGC